UACUCUGGUCACUCAAUUUAUAUGUUCUGCAUCUUCUCUUCGCCCAACGUUCUUCAAUUUCAUUCCAUCUCCGAUUUGGCUUUCGAGUUUCUGUUUCUGCCACACAAUUUCUUCCCCAGUCUAUAGUAGAAAUGCAAGCAACAACGUUUCUGAGAGCUGUUUCAGCUUUUUCUCUGUCAGCCAGACAGAGAGAUGCUGCUUUUAGUUCCAGCAAUGGUCUUUCUUCUUCUUCUUCUUCUUCUUCUUCUUCUCUCUCAGCUCUCAAAUUAUCGCCAGGACGGCCAAGAAACAGCCGUGUGGUCUCUGCCGCUAAGGAGAGCGGUUUGCAGUUGACUGGUGUAGUUUUCCAGCCAUUUGAAGAGGUCAAGAAGGAAGCUUAUGUGGUUCCUAUCUCUCCUCAAGUUUCUCUCGCUCGCCAGUCAUAUGGGGAUGAGUGUGAAUCUGCCUUAAACGAGCAGAUCAACGUGGAAUACAAUGCUUCCUACGUAUACCACGCCAUGUUCGCAUAUUUUGACAGGGACAACGUUGCCCUGAGGGGCCUAGCCAAAUUUUUCUGGGAGUCCAGUGAAGAAGAAAGAGAGCACGCUGAAAAGCUAAUGAAGUAUCAGAACACACGUGGUGGGCGAGUUAAACUGCACUCUAUGGUGAUGCCUCCGACAGAGUUUGAGCAUGUAGAGAAGGGAGAUGCAUUGUAUGCUAUGGAAUUAGCAUUGUCUUUGGAGAAGUUGACAAAUGAGAAACUGUUGAGCUUGUACAGUGUGGCAGAUCAAAGUAAUGAUCCAGAAAUGACAGAAUUCAUUGCGAGAGAGUUUUUAAAAGAGCAGGUUGAAGACAUUAAAAGGAUAGCAGAGUAUGUCACUCAAUUAAGGAUGGUUGGUAAAGGCCAUGGAGUGUGGCACUUUGAUCAGAUGCUUCUGCAUGAGGAUGAUGCUGUAUGAUGUAGAUUACAACUUGUACUUUGUUCUUGGUUUAAGUAUGCCCUUCUGUAUUAAAAUUAUAGGACUUUUGUAGCUUUGGUGUGUCGGUGAAAAUAAAUUAGCAUUGUGCCACAUAGAUUGUAUAGACAUCGAUGUGUACAGAGCAGGUGGCUGUCUUGGUUAAAAAAAUGAGAGUAACCUCACAGGAGUAGGUGACAGAAUGUGAGCUUUUGUAUCAUUUGAGUAAUGCUUGAUACUUUCUUGACUA